AUGUGGCCUAUUCGAGACGUUGUUCUAAUGUACAGGUUUUUGUAUGAAAAAUUUCAGGGCAACAUCCAGGAGACGGCCCUUUUGCUCUACAGGGAAAUGGCACCCGUAUUGGAUAAUCAUUAUAGUGGGAUUUUAACCAGUGAAGAAAACCUACAAGUCUUCAAAUUGUUAGGAAACCGAUGCCAAUCCCUAUGUACAACAGUAGUCCAGCUAUAUUUAACGAAGCCCCCGGAACACUCGCACUGGUUCAAGAAGAGUACAGGGAUCCUGUGCUUCGUCAAAGAUAACACGAAGAAGAACUUCUUCUUCCGCCUGUUCUGCAUCCAACGGAACAUGAAGGUAUGGGAACACCAAAUGUACAACAACAUGGAGUACAUCGAGGGUACUCCUUUCUUCCACAUGUUCGAAGGCGAAAACUGCUUGGUCGCCUUCAAUUUCGCCAACAUCGAGGAGGCCCGAGACCUCCGGAUAGUCGUUCACCAGAAAAUCCAGGCCCGAAAGCGGCGAGAGGAGAAACGUUGUCGCCAAAUCAGCCAAAGCCAAACCCUACCGUCGCCUACUACGCAUUUAAACCUCAACUACAAGAAAACCCUCGAUCCUUCCGUUAAGAACAACAAGCGGAAAAAAGUGAUGAUUACUAAAAAGGACAUCGGCAUUCCUAGGGAUUUCAAACACAUCUCGCACGUAGGCUGGAAUUCAACGUCCGGUUUCGAUAUUAGUACUGAAGAUGAACAACUCAAAGCCUUCUUUAAAAAGGCUGGAGUAUCUGAACGUCAUCUCAAAGACAAGAAAACCCGCGAAUACAUAUAUGAAUUCAUCAACGCCAACGGAGGUCGCGAAGUAAUCGAUCAAACGAACGAACAAGUAGACAAUCACGUCGCCGCCCCGCCGGCCGUGCCCCCUCGGGCGCCGCACCUGGUCCAACGCCCGCCGCACGUCCGCAUCGCCCCGCCGCCCCCGAUACCCAACAAAAACAGCAUCAACAGCGCGCGGAAGUCGCGCAUGGACGUGCCGCCUCCCAGGAAACCCGCCCCCGUACCCAACGCCGCCCCUUCGGCGACGUCCACGCCGCCCCCGCCGCCUCCGCCGCCGCCCGUCUUCGAGGAAGCGGAGAAGGAUCACAAACCCGGCGCGCCGCCACCUCCGCCGCCGCUCGACUCCUUUGUAGCGUCCAUCAACGAAGGCAACUCCGCCUUGCUGGAAAGCAUCCGAAACGGCACAACUCUCAAGCGCGUGGAAGCGAGAACAAUAGCACCGGCGCAGGAGGACCCGCGCGGCGACCUGCUGAGCGAGAUCAGGAAGGGUUGCAAGCUGCGUCCGGUGGACGAGAGGGAGCUGAAGCCGACGCCGAGCGCCCCGACGUCGAGGAGCGACGAUCUGGCGAGCGCGCUGGCCAGGGCGCUGGCGAAGCGCAGCGAGGUGAUCCAUUCGGAGGAAGACGACGACGGCGGCGCGUCGGAUUCCGGCGAUUCCGAAUGGGACGAUUGA